AUGCCAGCUAUCGCGCCUGGAAGCAAGGUUCUCGUCACCGGAGCCACUGGCUUCAUCGGUAUUUGGGUCACCCGCACUCUCCUUGAAAAGGGUUACUCAGUUCGUGGCACCGUGCGCUCGGCGAGCAAAGGGAAAUACCUCACCGAUUACUUCAAGUCCUAUGGCGAGAAGUUCGAGACGGCGAUUGUAGAGGAUAUCUCCAAGGAUGGCGCGUUCGACGAAGCUGUCAAAGGCGUAGAUGGGAUCGAGCACGUCGCUUCGCCAUUUCAUCUCAAGGCAGACGAUCCUCAAGAACUCAUAGGCCCCGCUGUGAACGGCACCCUUGGCAUUCUUAACAGCGCACUGCGAAACAACCCGACCCUCAAACGCGUGGUGAUAACGUCGUCAUGCGCGGCUGUCCUCGAGAUACUCCCAGAGCCAAAGGUGUUCUCUGAGCUUGACUGGAACAAGCAAUCCGUUCAACAGGUAGAGGAACAAGGGAAGGCUGCAUCGAACAUUACGAAGUACCGAGCGUCAAAGACGCUUGCAGAGAGAGCGGCUUGGGAGUUCUACGAGAAGCACAAAGCUGAGAUAACCUGGGACGUUGUGGUUAUCAAUCCCCCAUUUGUAUUCGGUCCAGUUAUCCAUGAAGUGGCCUCUCGCGACACGCUCAAUACAUCUUCAUCCGAUCUCCUCAAGGUCCUCCUGACCCCGUCUACCUCUCCGUCCGCGAUGUCGUCCGAGACAUUGACCACCACUGGCUCGUGCUGGAUUGACGUACGGGAUUUAGCGGAAGGACACGCGAAGGCGCUCGAGGUCCCCGACGCUGGAGGGGAGAGGAUCAUCAUCAGCGCGGGGCCGUAUGUCUGGCAGGAUUGGAUUGAUGUGGCCCAAGGCCUCUCUCCACCCGUGGCCCUGCCAGCGCACCAAAAACUUGCUGUCGGUGUGCCGGGCGGCGGAAAGGGCGCUGUCCACAAAAUUCAGUACGAUACUGCGAAGGCGGGGAGAAUCUUGGGGAUGAAGUACCGUUCCAGAGAAGAUACUAUUAGGGCUGCCCUAGAGGAUGUUGUUACUAGAGGAUGGUGA